CGAAAGAAGACACGUUUGACGAUAAUACUAAUUAAAGUAUUUGAGCAAUAAGACAUUUCAUAACCAAUCUAAUAAAUCAUAACAUUCUUACAUAGCACGACAUUGUCGCGUUAAACUCGAAUUGAGCAUUAUGGGUAAACCGAAUAAGCCAAAAUGUGUUAAACGUGAAGGAAUCAUCAAAACCAAAAGUGAAAUCAAAAUAAUCCCAGAGGUGAACCCACAAAUAAUCCCGAAGAAAAGCUGGAAAGAAAGCCUCUAAAAGAAUCUAAACUUGUCAUACCAAAAGAGUCUGGAGAGGAAAACGAAAAUCGCCCCGCAGCAGAGCUCGGAAAUUACCUCAAUGCAGCGUUAUUACGAAUGAACAUCAGAAAUGAGCCCGACAAUGACCCCGAAAAUGAGCCUGAAGAUGACCUCAGAGAUGAAAUCAAAUGCAUACCAUCAUUUAAUUCAAUUACUCUUAAAGAUAUCAAAGAUAUUCUGUACGAAUUACACGAAUACUUUGACGAAUUUCAAAUUGAAAUUGUUGCCUGUCCUGAUUUAUCCAAAGAACCAUACAAUUUUGAAACGCCUGGAAUGUCCGGGGAUACAGAAAUUUGGGAAAUAUAUACUCCUAAUUUUCGCCUACCGAGUAAAAACUAUUGUUUCAGUAUGGGUAAACCGGCAAUGGUGCUUAAAAUACGCGCUAAAGGACGUAAAAUCAAUUACAACAUCAUAACAUUAAUACAGAAUAUUUUGCAUAAGCGCUUAUAUUUUAAAAUAGGGUUAAAUGGCCUGCUCCUAAUACAAGGGGGACAAAUAAAACUGGGCAAAUUUCCAAAGAAUGACCAGCCACGGUGUAGGACAAUAAACUGUAAUUUAAAUGCAAAAGUAUGUGUGGGCGUAAUAGUCAAUGAUCCAGUCAUAAUUGAAGGACAACAUGAUGGACUUUUUUAUACAAAUGAUCGUUAUAUGUUUUACUCAAUCCCUAACGUGUUCGACCAAUUUCUCAACGACAUCACGCCAGAAGAGACAGAAUAUGUUGGUUACUUUGAUAUAGCGGAACGUAUGUUUUAUUUUUAUUAGUAUAUUUACUAAAACGUAUCAUUUUUCAUACAAAUUUGUCCACGCUUGAAAUAAAAUCAUGUCAUCUGUACUAGCUGUGCUUCGUGAUAAAUGUAAAAUAAUUUUAUGAGAUAUUUAAGCAGAAAAUGUUAUAACAUAUUUUCGGCUCCAAAAAUGUAACAUCAUUGAGAUAUUUCAUAUAUAUCUUUAGUUUUGCACAAGAAGUAUC